UUAGAGAGAAGCAUAAAAUUGACGCUAGCUAGGAAGCAGCAGAUAAGUCAUGGCAGCUAAGCCCAGAACCAAUGGCAUUGUCAAGCUCAAGAUAGUGGCGGAAAAGCUCCAAAGAAGUCUUUCAUUGGUUAAGAAAUCAAGUUCCAACUGUGACAAGUACGAAAUAAAUAGUGACACGCCUGUGCCAGUAGACGUGAAGGAAGGACAUUUUGUGGUGAAUGCUGUGGAGGGGGAUGAACCAAGGAGAUUUGUGGUACCCUUAAGCUACUUGACACACCCAACUUUUGUAAGGCUCUUGGAGAAGGCAGCCGAGGAAUACGGUUUUGAUCACGAAGGUGCACUUACUGUUCCUUGUAGGCCAAGUGAGCUUGAGAGAAUAUUGGCAGAGUAAUGGCAAGAACGGGCGGAGGGAGACUCAGAUCAUCAUGAUCAUCUUGGAGUAGUUCAUUGGGGAUCUUGCAAAACCAUGGUGCAAACCUAUUGAAACCCGAUCGAAUAAGCUGCAUAUUGCAUACAUGCAUGUUAUAAUGGCUUAAUGAUCCUUCAUUUACUAACUUGUAAAAGCUUUUUAAUUCACUUUCCAUCAUGUGGACCGCCAGUUUUGUUUUUUUCAUGUUUAUCGUAGUUAGUGGAUCAUACUAGCGAACUGUAAAUCAAUACAAUUUACAGUCCUGAUCAUGAUCCAGUAUCAUUGCAUGCAUUUACGUGCUGCAUGUGGUCAUUUUUUAAGGGCAAAGUUUCACUCAUGCCGGUUAAAAUCAUAAGAAA